UUCAGCUUGCCAUGCGUAUUGGCGACUGGUCUGGUCCCGUUCACUUCCACAGUGGUACCAAUUAGCGAUUUGUUCAAUAACGAAGCAGCUUCGGUCAAUGGCGUAGGUGGUGACUUUGAUGGAGUUGGCUCGAGCUACGAUGCCACUUUGUUGCCUACGGGACAGUGGGCGUAUGAUGGGAUCACGUAUCAAUUGCCAGAGUUUUGGGGCAGCGGAAAUGACAAUGUCGUGACUCAAGGUCAGACAGUCAAAUUGAUGGAGCCUUUGCAAUCGCAUCAGAUCCACAUGUUAUAUGCUCUGGAUGGAUACGGAGGUCAGUCGGACACACCGAAGACCUUCACCCUAACUUUCGUUGACAAUUCGACGGAGGUAAUACAGAUGUCUGCGAAAAGCUGGCAAAGGUGGCCAAUCAUAAACAGUGGGGUUAUCAACACUCCGUACUCCUUCAUCAACGGCACCUCAACGAAGAAUACGAAUACAACUUCCAUAUUUCAGUGGUCGGCAUCAAUACCUUCACGAAGUGCUCUUGAAAGUAUCGUGCUUGCGCCAGAUGAUGUGCCCGGACUGCGCCUUCACGUCUUCGCCAUCUCUGUCACGGCUUCUGCGACACUGUCUGACACUUCCGCCGGGCCUAUCCUAUCCGUUCGCCGAGCUCGGUCUUCCACACGCUGGGAACUCGUUAACAACACCCGUGCGCAGGCGAUCCAGGUGACAGUGGCUAAUCUAUUACCCAUCAGUGCAUUUUCCACCAAUACCUCCAUCAAUUCUCCAUAUACGAUUGAAAUAACGGGAGCCAGCGUUGAAACUGUUGUUCCCGGGAAGAUUCGGCGUCUAAUUGCGUCAGACCAAGUCAGUGCGGACGUGCUGGUUAUCGCCAACAGCACGUCGAACGCGACGGUCUCUGUGAAAGAUGAACAAGGGACAUUAGUAGGGACAUCAGACGGUUGGCCGCUCACGCCACUGCCCACAGAGUGGACAACGGACCCGGAACUACUGAGUACUCACGAGACACCUACUUGGUAUAAUCAAGCGAAGUACGGUAUAUUCGUACACUGGGGAGUAUAUAGCGUUCCAGCAUGGGCCCCGCCGACGACAUAUGCUGAAUGGUACAACUGGAACUUGCACAAUCCCGCGAACUCCAGUAACCCCUUCUGGGUACAUCAUCUGGAUACUUACGGACCUGACGUGGUCUACGAUGACUUCAUCGCCAACUUUACAGCCAGCAAAUUCAACGCUUCGGCAUGGCUGGACCUCUUUGAUAAUGCAGGUGCCAAGUACUUCGUACUGGUAUCGAAGCAUCACGAUGGUUUUGCCCUCUUCGAUACUGGCAACACUUCGGCUCGUAAUAGUAUCAACCUGGGGCCUCGACGAGAUUUAGUCGCAGAACUCUUUGACGUCGCCAGUCAAGAGAAGCCGUGGAUGCACAAGGGAACUUAUUUUUCAAUGCCGGAGUGGUUCAACCCUGACUAUGCUCCAUACGGCUUCGGCGAAUGGCCGGGAGGACUAGCUCACAAUGCCUUCUAUCCUUCUGAGUUGGAGCCUUAUACUGGACACACGAACAUAUCCGACUAUCUGACAGAUUUGCAAUUGCCUCAGAUGCUGACCCUGGCUGAGAAAUACGGCACCGAGAUCAUGUGGUGCGAUAUCGGCGGUCCGAACAAGACCCCGGAGUUUGCAGCGCAGUUCUAUAACAACGCAUUUGCGAAAGGUAUCCAGGUGCUCAUGAACGAUCGAUGUGGUGCUCUGCCAGAGCUCUACACACCCGAGUACCAGACCCUGGGAGCCAUCCAGACACAAAAAUGGGAGACCAAUGAGGGCAUGGAUCCGUUCAGCUACGGCCUCAACACCAACACAAAUGCCAGCCAGUACAAGAAUGCGACGACAAUAAUUCAAACACUGGUAGAUGUCGUCUCAAAGAACGGCAACUAUCUUUUGGAUGUAGGCCCUACAGCGGAAGGCGAGAUAAUUGCACCGAUGGCCGAUAAUCUCCUGGCUGCGGGACAGUGGCUGGCGAACUCCGGUGCUUGCGUCUAUGAUACGACCUACUGGUUCAAAGGCGCCCAAGACUCAGUCAAUGGCACACUGCGCUUUCUGACCACGCCGGACACGUUCUGCAUCGUAUCCUUCGACAAGCCCUCACAGCAGCUCGCUGUACACGCGCAGAUCCCCAUAUUGCCAGGCGACGAGAUCGUGUACCUCGGCGAUCCAAACGGUAAUGAGACUUCACUUUCGUGGUCGGUAGAUCCGGAGACGGGGUACCUAACAGUGGAUUUGGGUGGCCUCUCGUUGGAUCCUGCAGGUGGAGCGGAAGCGUGGGCUUUCCAGGUGAAAUAUAAGUCGUAGGGAAACGGAUUGGUGACCUUGGUCGUGCAUAUGCAGUAACACCUAACCUUAACGUAUUGUGGUCACAAUUAUUACCUUCCGCUUAUCGGCUAGCCAAUGAUAUUUGAGGCGAUUUAUCGACAACACG